CUCCUCACUCCCAACAAUGGCGGCUCCGAGCCCUAGCGGCGGCGGCGGCGGCUCCGGGGGCGGCAGCAGCACCGGCAUCCCGGGCUCUGUAGGGUCCCCGGCGCCGGGCCACCCGGCCGUCAGCAGCAUGCAGGGUAAACGCAAAGCACUGAAGCUGAAUUUUGCAAAUCCACCUUUCAAAUCUACAACAAGGUUUACUCUGAAUCCCAACCCUACAGGAGUUCAGAACCCACACAUAGAGAGACUGAGAACACACAGCAUUGAAUCGUCAGGAAAACUGAAGAUUUCCCCUGAACAGCACUGGGAUUUCACUGCGGAGGACUUGAAAGACCUUGGAGAAAUUGGACGAGGCGCUUAUGGUUCUGUCAACAAAAUGGUCCACAAACCAAGUGGGCAAAUAAUGGCAGUUAAAAGAAUUCGGUCAACAGUGGAUGAAAAGGAACAAAAACAACUUCUUAUGGAUUUGGAUGUAGUAAUGCGGAGUAGUGAUUGCCCAUAUAUUGUUCAGUUUUAUGGUGCGCUCUUCAGAGAGGGUGACUGUUGGAUCUGUAUGGAACUCAUGUCUACCUCGUUUGAUAAGUUUUACAAAUAUGUAUAUAGUGUAUUAGAUGAUGUUAUUCCAGAAGAAAUUUUAGGAAAAAUCACUUUAGCAACUGUGAAGGCACUAAACCACUUAAAAGAAAACUUGAAAAUCAUUCACAGAGAUAUCAAACCUUCCAAUAUUCUUCUGGACAGAAGUGGGAAUAUUAAACUCUGUGACUUUGGCAUCAGUGGACAGCUCGUGGACUCCAUUGCCAAGACAAGAGAUGCUGGUUGUAGGCCAUACAUGGCACCUGAAAGAAUAGACCCAAGUGCAUCACGGCAAGGAUACGACGUGCGCUCUGAUGUCUGGAGUUUGGGGAUCACAUUGUACGAGUUGGCCACAGGCCGGUUUCCUUAUCCAAAGUGGAAUAGUGUAUUUGAUCAGCUAACACAAGUCGUGAAAGGAGAUCCUCCACAGCUGAGUAAUUCUGAGGAAAGAGAAUUCUCCCCAAGUUUCAUCAACUUUGUCAACUUGUGCCUUACGAAGGAUGAAUCCAAAAGGCCAAAGUAUAAGGAACUUCUGAAACAUCCCUUUAUUUUAAUGUAUGAAGAACGCACCGUAGAAGUCGCAUGCUAUGUUUGUAAAAUCCUGGAUCAAAUGCCAGCUACUCCCAGCUCUCCCAUGUAUGUUGAUUGAUACCGCUGCUACAUCAGACUCUAGACAAAAGGGCUGAGAAGAAGCAAGACGUAAAGAAUUUUCAUCCUGUAUCACAGUGUUUUUAUUGCUCGCCCAGACACCAUGUGCAAUAAGAUUGGUGUUGGUUUCCAUCAUGUCUGUAUACUCCUGUCCCAUAGAACGUGCAUCCCUGUAAUACCCGAUUGAUCACACAGUGUUAGUGCUGCUCAGAGAGACCUCAUCCUGCUCUUUCGUGAUGAACAUGUUCAUGAAAUGUGGAGUCAGUACGAUCGAUUUGUUGACUGUGAUUAGAUCGCAUCUUAAAUUCAUUUCUUGAUUCAAAACCUGGAGACGCAGCUACUGGAAUGGUGUUUUGUCAGACUUCCAAGUGCUGGAAGAAGGAAGGUGGAGGUGGAUGUACUCUGUCUGAAACAGACUCGGGCUUGGGCGAGAAGAGCUUGCACAGCCAAUGAGACACAUUGCCUUCUGCAGCUGGGAGACAGAGGAGGAAUUUACUUUCUUCACCAAGUGCAAUAGAUUUUCUGAUUUGAUAAUUCUGUUGCUUUACAGCCACAGUCGAUGUUUGGGGAUCGAUGUGCUCAGCCAAAUUUCCUGUUUGAAAUAUCAUGUUAAAUUAGAAUGAAUUUCUCUUUACCAAAAAUCAUGUUGCAUUCAGAGAGGUGAACAUUAAAAUACUGAGACAGGACAGAAUGGGUUCUUUUCUCCUUUACCAGUCCUAUCUUCAAUGGGAAGACUCAGGAGGCCGCCACUUAGUACAGAAGGUGCUGAUCCUAAGAAUUUCUCAUUCUCAGAAUUCAGUGUGCUGCCAACUUUGAUGUUUCACCUGUCACAAACCACCAGGAGUGAAAGAACAACAAGUACAGAGGGCAAAGUUUACAGAUGUUUUUAAUUCUAGUAUCUUACCCCGGACCACUUGUAGUGGCUAUGUUUCUCCCCGGGGCCCCAAGCCUGAUACUUUAGCCAUCAUAACUUGCUAACAGGGAGAAGUAAGUAGCUAGUAGCAAUGUGCCUUGAUCGAUUAGAUAAAGAUUCUUGUAGGCAGCAAAGACCAAAUCUCACUUGUUUGCUUCUUGCCAUCACUGUUCCUGGUCUUCAGUUACCACAUCUCUUUCCCUUCCCAUCUGUUGCCGCUAUGUGGCUUUUGCCACAUAAUAAUCCAAUAUUUCACCUUUUUUCCUAUUUAAAAAGUCUGUCUGAUUACCAGGGACAUUCCUUACCAAGGGUUUUUAGGUCCACGUAUCUCAUGCUCUAAUGUUUAAGAGGCUGAGAACGACGGGGCCCAGCAGAUGUGGUGAGUGAUGAAGCAGCAUCUCUUCUCGAGGCGUGUUGGACCAGACAGGUGUCGAGAGCACAGUCUUUUAGAUAAGCUCAGCCCCCUCCAGUCUGUAGCUGAUCACCAUCAUCUCUCAGAAGUGGGCUUCCUGUUAGGUACAAAAAGACAAAGAAAGAGAGGCCCCGAACUUCUGUUUCACUCCCCCAUGAGCCCUGUCCUGCUUAGGUUUCUGCUCCGGCCUCCCAGACUCGGAACAUUAGGCUUUUGUAUAAAAGUUCAGCAGCACUGUGAAUGGUUCAAGCACACUGGAAAAUAAAACAGCCCUGGUCUGAGACGCAGGUAAUGAAUGCCAUUAUAGACCCAAACUGUGGCCCGUAGAGCUGUGUCUCCUCCCAGCGCGACAGUCAUAAAUAAAUACUAUUAAACAAUAAAGAGCGAAUGGUGCUGUUGUAAGUUACAUCAUGUCAAUUUCAGAACUUAAAAAGUGAUUCUAUAACCUCUUUGGUCCACUUGCCUAUUUUCCUGUCUCCACCUCCCCCCGCCCCCUCCUCUUGACAUCCUAAACCAUAGACUUACCAGUGUUUUGAAAGGAGAGACGUUGUGUGCCCUCCUUCGACCAUGCCAAGCCAUCACCCUCCAGUGCUCCCGGGACUCAAGAGGAACCUGGUUCUCUGCUGUCAGCUUCCCGCCUGGCUCAGCACAGGGUUACUUUGCCAUUGUGCAAAUGGAGAGAAAGCAAUUCUGACUGUCCAGGAGCUGAUCUAACCAUUCUGUUGUGUGGAUGACCACAUAAAAAGGCAAUUUUAGUGUAUUAAUCAUAGAUUAUUAUGAACUAUAAAUUUAAGGGCAAGGAGUUUAUUACAAUGUAUCUUUAUUAAAACAAAAGGGUGUAUAGUGUUCACAAACUGUGAAAAUAGUGUAAGAACUGUACAUUGUGAGCUCUGGUUAUUUUUCUCUUGUACCAUAGAAAAAAAAUUGUAUAAAAAUUAUCAAAAAGCUAAUGUGCAGGGAUAUUGCCUUAUUUGUCUGUAAAAAUAGAGCUCCGUAACAUAACCGCUUCUUGGAGCUUUGGAAUAUUUUAUCCUGUAUUCUUGUUU